AUGGGUUUGGCUAAGACAGCAAUGGUUUUCUUCUUUAUUAUUCAGGUUGUCUGUGUAUUAUCCAUGGCUAUGGGGAAUACUGUUUAUAAGGUCGGUGAUGCUGCUGGCUGGACUAAUAUUGGCAACGUUGAUUUCAAAUCUUGGGCUGCUUCUAAGAAUUUUCAUGUUGGAGACACCAUUCUCUUUAAGUACAACAAAGAGUUUCACAAUGUUAUGCGAGUGACACACAAGAAUUUCAACGCAUGCAAUUCCACCGCCCCUUAUGAGAUCUUUGCCACCGGCAAUGACUCGUUCACCAUAAAAAAGUCCGGCCACUUUUAUUUCAUUUGCAGCGUUCCCGGCCACUGCGAAGGUGGACAGAGAGUCGACAUUAGGGUCUCCGCAGCAUCGAAAUCAGCCCCUGCCGCCGCCCCUUCCCCCACCGGCAGUGAAGCCGCGCCCCCGAGCCACCCCAGUUCAUCUCCUUCUGUGCUUCCAACGUUUCCAACAGUAUCACCCGCACCAGUUGAGGCACCUGCACCUUCUCCUCAUGCUCAUAGAAAUGGUGGCGUGUCUCUCUAUUCGUCGUGGAAAGUUUGGAUUCCUGUGAUGGUUCUAUCAUUUGGUCUUUCUGCUAUUGCCUUUUAG